AUGGCUGAGCCAAACAGGAAACGACGCUUCUCCGACGAAGGUAUUGCCCAAGAUACCGACGUCAAGAUGGAAGAACCUACAAAGGCCGAAGCUAAGACCUCAACGGCCGCCAAACCCAAUCACACCCUGUUCGUUCGAUCGCUACCAGCCACAGCCACGAAAGACAGCCUCGCCGAGUUCUUUUCGCAAUCCUACGUUCUCAAGCACGCUGUCACUGUCAACAACUCGGAAAAACAAUGCAAGGGUUAUGGUUUCGUGACCUUCGCCGACCUCGAGGACGCCCAGAGCGCCCUGAAGGAGCUCAAUGGAGCCGACUUUGAGGGAAAGAAGAUUCGAGUCGAAUACGCCCAACAGCGUCACCGUGAGAUUGACGAGAAACUUGGAAAGAGCAAGCCCGCGGCGAAAUCGCAACAAAUCAAGCAAGACCGCGAAGACGAGCAUGCCUCAAACCAGCCCCCCUAA